UCCUCCAAGGACGACCUCAAAGCCCACGCGGCCUCAACAGAAGACUUCUACGCGCUCCUCGAUAUCUCACCAGCAGCAGCCGAAACCGAAAUCCGAAGAGCCUACCGCCGAACGGCGUUGAAGUACCACCCGGACAAGAUCGCGAACCCCACGCCGGCAGACAUCGACAAGUUCCACCUCCUACAGAUCGCCUACGAUGUACUCUCGGAUCCGGCCGUGCGGCAGCUCUAUGACAACGCGCGGGAGGCGCGACAGCGCAAGCAGCGCGAGCGCGAGAUGAUGGAUUCGGCGAAGCGGAAGAUGCGCGAGGAUCUGGAGGCGAGGGAGCGCGCGGGCGUGGCGGAGAUGGCCGGGGGGCAGCGGGGCGUCAAGAGGGCGUGGAUGGGGACGACGAUGGGCAUGGACGGGGAUGCCGAUGCCGAGGCCAAGUUGCAGAGGGAGAUUGAUCGGAUUGCGGAGGAUGGGCGGCGGAGGCGGCGCGAGGCCGAGGAGCAGAUUAAGAGGGAGAUGAUGGAGGAGGAGAGGAUCAUGCGGCGUGAGGAGGAGGAGGCGCGCAAGGCGGCCGAUCGGAGUAGUAUGAAGGUCGACCGGUCGCAGGAAGGGGGCACCAAUGUGCCAGAGUUGGAGCGCGGGGUGAAAGUGCGCUGGGUGCGCGAGGGACGGGGGCUGGAUCUGGAUGCUGAGCGCUUGAGGACCCUGUUUGCUCCGUUCGGAAAGGUCGAGAACGUGCUGCUUCUCAAGGAUAAGCGGCAGCGCCUGGGCGAACAGCGUGAGAAGAAGACCGUCGCCACCGGAGUCGUCAUCUUCGCCUCGAUCGUCAGCGCGCACGCCGCUGUUUUGGACAGUGAAAAGAAGAAAGGAAGCCAGAGUGCGGACAGUGACUGGUCGACCAUCGAAUCGGUCUUCUGGGCAUCAGGUGCUCAGCCUGAGCUCAGCCCCGAAGCAACAAGUGGCACCGCGUCGUCGACUUCCAACGCAGCGGCAGACAAAGCUCCCACUUCGGCAGCCCCCUCCAAACCCACAUUCAAUUUCUCCGGUUUGAAGGCGGCAGGAACUGGUAAUGCUGCCAGGGGUCCUGCAAAGGCGCCCUCCUUUGGCUCGUUUGCCGCAGCGGCGGCCAAUUCUACGAAACCUGCUCCUGCUGCCGGCUCUACGAACGGGUCGAAAGCACCGAGCAUGGAAGAGUUGACCUUGAUGCGACUACGGAACGCACAGCGAGAGAAAGAACGCAAGGCCCUGGAAGAGCAGCUGAGAAAGGAAGAUGAAGCCGCGGAUGCCGCU